UAACCCUCCCCCUCAGCUCCACCUGACUGCAGUCACAUGACCACAGAGGGUUUUUAUCCCACAUGGCUGCUGGUGCUCAGUCAUUCUGAGGGUUCUGGUCUGGUGUGGUCUGACGUGGAUCUGCGGGGUGGACCAUGGCCCAGGUCCAGGAUGAGCCGGAUCAGACCCUGGUCAGUGGUCUGGGUCAGCUGGUCAGUUUGGGAAACGUCCUUCUGGAAAAAGCCAAACAGGAGGCAGAGGAGUCUCUGGAGAGUUUCGUUCCAAAUAAGAUCACCACCCUGUUCGGCCUGAUCACAGCCGGAGCAACUUUGUACAAAAGCCUCGGAGUGACGAAAAAGACCGAAGCAGAGGCCAUUUGGCAGAAGUCGUACCAUCAUGCAGCGGUGAAGGAGCAGGUGGACGAGCUUCUGCAGCUGGAGACCAACUGGGACUCGUUCCUGGACGGUGUGGAUGCAGGUCUGCGGACCGUCGAUGGGCAACCUGCAGGAAAAACCACUGACCGCCUGAGCCCCGACAACACAUUUACUGACGCACGCAGCGGAAAGUCUGUGACUCUGGGUCAGUUCUUGGACCAGGGUCAGAAGCUGCUGCUGGUUCUCAUCAGACAUUUUGGAUGACUACCGUGACGGGACCACGUGGCCGAGCUGGAGGCCAGUGAGGCGCUCUUCAAGGCUCGGUCGGUGCAGGUCUUGAUCGUUUCUUUCGGCGGUGUGGAAGGAGCCCAGCUGUGGUUGGAGCAGACGGGAUGCAGCUUCCAAAUGCUACUGGAUCCACAGAGGAAGAUCUACAGGAGUUUUGGCCUGGGCUCGUCUUACUCCAGGGUGAUGAGCUUCGGAUGCCUGUUGCAGUACUCGGAGUAUGGAGCUGUGGACAGAGACUUCCCUGACGUCCCCGCUCGCCUCCUGGAGGACAUCUACCAGAUGGGAGGUGACUUUCUGCUGGAUGACACAGGGAAGGUGCUUCUGUCUCAUCCGUGUAAAACUCCUCUGGACAGACCGUCCACAUCACACCUCCUGAAGGCCGCCGACUCCACAGACUCGGAGUAGAAACAGGUUUAAUCGAUGGGGUUAAAGCUGUGACGGACGUGGGGUCGGAUGCAAGCGGAGGGACAACCUUUAACGCUGACACCACAGAAGAAGAGCUGCUCUUUGACGAACAUGAAUGACGUCACGUCUUGAAGUCACAAAUCCGUGAAGAGGUGUGACCGAUGGAAAACAGGACGGCAAAGACCACUGCUCUUCCUCAGUGUGUCAGCGUUAAAACGGCAGCAAAAUCACUAUGUUUACAUCUGCACUAAUAUUCUACUGUUAGUCCAUGUUCAGUUUAGUCCAGGGGGGUCAAACAUACGGCCCGUGGGCCAAAACCGGCCCCCAGACGAUCCAAUCUGGCCCGUCGGAUGAAUCUGUGACAUGAAAAAUUACACUGAAGAUAUUAAGAAGU